GGCGUGAGAUCCCCUCCAUCGCUGCCUUAGAGGAGAGGUUCAACUCCUUUCUACGAGAUCUCACGCCCAUUGCUCCACUCUUACUGGGUUUACAGUAGAUUCCGAAGCUACCCACCUGAGCUAUGCUUUCAUAUCUUUUUUUAUGCCCCCUGCCCUAAAUUUUGGUCUUCAAAGGGGGUGGGGGGGGGGCAUACUGGCCCCAGGUCUGCACACAUGUAGGGAGAAAAAAUGCUACUUCCGCUUUUAGGCAGUGCUUAAAUCUAUGUGUUAAUCAGAAUGAAUUUGAAAGUCAAAUUCAAAAGUUCAAUCGUUCGGGGUAGUGUUCUUCAUUCUUCUCGAUGAAAACAGCUGCAGCCUGAUUAGUUUCCGUAACUUUCUUUAAAGUUUUAAAAGGCUUCGAAGGAAAUAACUGUAACGUGAUGGGGCUAGCGUGUUUAACGAGCAAAAGGGCUCCAAAAGAGAAGGAUAGUUGGUGGUCAUUUCUCGUGUGUGUAUCAGCAAGUAUUUCAAGCAUCAUAUUUCUCGGCUUCAGUAAUUGCUUUGCUGUGGUUAUGCCGGUAUUACUGAAUUAUUUCAACGACUCCAGACAGAAAAUAGCGUGGGUUGGCUCCAUAGCGCAGUGUCUGACCUUUUUGGCAUCACCGCUGGCCGGACUUUUGAUUGGCAGGUUCAACUUUCGUGUUACCGCUGUCCUGGGUUCGCUGACGUGCUGCAUCAGCCUCGUUCUCACAUCGUUCACCAAAGCCUCCCUGCAUAUCUUCUUUUCCUAUAGCGUGCUGUACGGACUGGGCAGCUGUCUCUUCUACAUGUCAUGCGUGUACGCGGUGGCCGAGUACUUUGAAAAGAGAAGAGGUCUGGCGCUAGGAUUCUUAACAUCCGGGAUAUCUGUUGGCGUUCUGGCCCAGGGGCCUGUGCUUCAAGUGUUGCUCGAUGCGUACGGAUGGCGUGGUACUUUCCGGAUUAUGGCAGGUGUGGUGGGUGUCGCUCUCUUCCUCCUCUUGACCUUGGACCCGAAUGUCAAAAAGGCCGAGAUAUCAGAGGAGCAAACAGAUGACGUCACCAAGCCACAGCAGUCACGUGGCAAGUGCGCGCUCGUUACCGAGACCCUUAGGACGCCUGCCUACAUCAUCGCACUCGUGACACUCACGCUGGAGACGCUCACCGCAUUCGUCUCUUACGUCCACUUGGUCAAAUACUGCAUGGAGUCAGGCAUCCCAGAGAAGGAUGCGUCUGAACUGUUCAUUUUCAUCGGCGCCUGCUCACUGGUCUCUUCCAUAGUCAGCGGCCGUGUCCUAGACAUCAAGUCCCUCAACCCUUUCUUUGUCAAUCAAUUUGGCGCUGUUUCCAUGGGGAUGGGCAUGGUGCUGUUACCGCUGGCCACACAGUACACGCACUUCGUGAUAUUCUCCGUGUUUCUUGGGCUUGGAAUUGGGUGUUGCGUGACAACCUUGAUCGUAUUGGUGCUUGAGACAGUGAGGGAGGAGCUUAGAGAGGUGGCUUAUCCGAUUGGUCAGUUUGUGACGUCUGCUGGCAAUGCCGCUGGAGCUCCGCUUGCUGGUUUCAUAGCAGAUCUGUACGGGUCUUACGACCCUUCCUAUUACACUGCAGGUAGCAUCAUGCUGUUAGCGGCAUUUGUACCUCUGCUUCAGUACUGCUUUAAGCCCUGGAGGCAGACAAAGCAUCAGCAAAGAUCUACAAAUGGAAGCCUGGGGGAGGCUGAGAAAGACAGUGAUGAGGAAAUCACGACUAGAUUGUGAUCAUUUGCUACAAAAAGAAGUUUGCUAACUACAGUAAAAGGGUCGUUGCAAGUGUCUAGAAAUAGGAGUUUAGCAUUAGCGGAUCUAGGGGGAGUGUUUAAAGGGUUUAACCCCCCCCUUGGGCUGCCAGAAAGCCAUAUGUAACAAAAAAAUUACCCCCUACCCCCUUUGUCACUGACCCAAACCCCCCUUUAGCGAAAAGCUAGAUCCGCCCCUGUUUAGGAUAUUUAGUAGAACGUAUUUUAAAAUUAGUCAGUAUCAUGUGAGUGUCCACCUUCUUUCCUCGGUCCUGAGGGUAUAUAUAUGUUAUUUCGGUUGUGUGCGUGUGUUUUUUUUUUCCUUUGUGACUUUUACCGCGAAAUUCGUUGUGUAUAACAGUAUAAAAAGUAAUGUUCGCGCGUAAACAUCUUCUUUUGAAGUUACGCCUCUUUCUAACCUUAAAAUGUUGAUAAAUAUUCGGAAAUCAAUUUACUGUUAUGAAAAACAAUAAUUCUUAUAGAAAAUAUACUAUAAGUUUUCGUUAAGAAAAAAGGUGCCACUUUAAAAGAAAAUAAAAUAAUGCAAGACCUUUUCAUCUUUUUUGUACUCAUCCUGUGUGCCUAGGUUUGUUUGUUAGACUGAAAAAGGGUGUAAACUAAGUACUGUUAUCAUAAACGCUGUUAUACAAAG